CAAAGUUGUUGUAGCAGUAGCCACUGACAUGCCUUCGUCCUGGUAAAGUCUGCACAUGAGAUUUUAUUUAUUCAGCUUUUACUAGUUUCACAUAUGAAACACUGAGAUGAGGACUGUGGUUGUUGGAGUUGGCGGGAUGACCAAUGGAGGAAAAUCUACCCUUGCAGCAAGUCUACACCAACAGAUCCCCAACAGCUGUGUCAUUGCACAGGAUUCAUAUUUUAAGGAUGAUUCUGUGGUACCUGUGGACAGCAAUGGGUUUAAGCAAUAUGACAGUUGCAGUGCUCGAUGCUCUCCACAUGGACACGAUGAUGAGCGACAUCGACUCGUGGCGACGAGAUCCUGAGUCGUACCUGAGGCAGCGAGGCCUGAAGCCAGAGUCACCAUCAGUGGGUGAGGAGGUGUAUGUGCUGAUAGUGGAGGGCUUCCUCAUUUUCAACCACAGGCCUCUGAAUGAGCUGUUUUGCAAAAGGUACUUCAUGGAAAUACCAUACGAUGUCUGCAAGAUGAGACGAAGUAUGAGGGUCUACACACCUCCGGAUCCUCCAGGAUACUUUGACGGGUACGUGUGGCCGAAGUACCUGAGAAACCGGCAGGAGAUGGAGAGCAUGGUGUCUGGAAUUGUCUAUCUGGAUGGACUGAAGCCAAAGGAAGAGCUGCUGGCUGCUGUGUGUAACAAUGUUUCUCAGGAAAUAGAAAGCCUCCAAGAGAAAGACUGAAAUGGAAUUUAAUCGCUUAACCUUUUGAAGAUGCAGACUGCUGCUCAUAUGGAUGUCAGGAGAGUGUUUUCUUUGACUGAGAGGACCAAACUAAGUGUUAAUCUCUAUGUAUUACAUGAGACAGUUAAUUUUGCUGUUCAGCUGGACUCUGGACAGACUCUGCAUGAAUCACAGUGAUCUCGAUGACUUAAUGAGGGAUGACAGUAAUGGACAGUAUUUUAAAGUUAGGAUGCACUCUGGGAAAUUUGUGGCUUUAUUAGGCUGAUGCUGAAAAUAGUCAGCGUACCCUUAACUGCUGUGAUAUGUUGCAAUGUUUUAUCUCUUACUGUGUAUUUUUUUAAAAUAACACAUUAAGUAUUUUGAUUUUAUCUAACAUACACAUACAUGUGCAUAGAACCCUGACUUGUGAUGUAACUCUAGAUAACCAAAUACAUAAACUAUGCGUCAUUGUUUCAGUUCAGUUUAAAAGACUUUCACAGUCAUAUUUGGAUACUGCAAAUA